GGUAUCAUUAUUAGCUUCUUUGCCUAAAAGUUGUGAAAAAAUUCGAAUUUAAAAAUAAAUAGGAAUUUGUUUAAAAUCUCAGAAUAUUUUCGGUUUUCCGACAUUGUUGUUGUAUACAAUUAAGCUUUUAGUAACAUUUCAUGUAUUAUCAAGUUUAUCGGGGAGUCUCAUGGAGCUUGCGUGAGGGAAACUCGUUCAGGAUAUCAAGAAACUCCCUGCUCAUCCGACUAUCAAGUAGAUUAGUGCACAAUUCCAGUGCUUGUAGAGCAAGUAGCAACACUAAAUUUGUAAACAUCAUGGAGACUGGUUUAGCACAUAAUGUACCACUUACUAAGUUGGCUACUUCUACCGUUACUGUUGAUGUAGGCAAGCUGACCCGGUUUGACAAUAUCACCAAAUCGCAGCAGGACAAUCGAAACUAUCGGGGACUGCAAUUGGAAAAUGGGUUGAAAGUCUUGUUGAUUUCAGACCCAAGUACUGACAAAUCGGCCGCUGCUCUAUCGGUUGAAGUGGGCCAUUUAAGUGAUCCGGACGAGAUCCCUGGGUUGGCUCACUUUUGUGAACAUAUGCUGUUCCUUGGAACGAAAAAAUACACUAACGAAAAUGACUACAUGGCGUUCCUAUCCAAUAAUGGGGGAAGCUCGAAUGCUGCAACAUACGCCGAUACAACUAAGUAUUAUUUCGAUGUUGUUCCGGAGAAACUUCAGGAAGCGUUGGAUCGAUUUUCUCAGUUUUUUAUAUCGCCACUAUUCACGGAGUCCGCCACCGAAAGAGAAAUUAAUGCUGUUCACUCGGAGCACGAGAAGAAUCUUUCGAUGGAUGUUUGGCGAAUAAGGCAGGUGAACAAGUCGCUUUGCGAUCCAAAACAUCCAUACAAUAAGUUUGGAACCGGAAGUAAGAAAACUCUUCUGGAAGAUCCGAAACUGAGUAACAUCAACAUUAGAGAAGAACUCAUGAAAUUUCAUUCGAAAUGGUACUCGGCGAACAUCAUGAGCUUGGCGGUUUUUGGAAAGGAAUCUUUAGAUGAACUGGAGUCGAUGGUGGUGCAGAUGUUUUCCGAUAUCGAGAAUAAAAAUGUAACAUCUCCCCGUUGGAAGGAGCUUCCAUUCGGCAAGGAUCAGCUAGCAACUAAAACCAUGGUUGUGCCAGUUAAAGAUUCACGUUCGUUAACGAUAACUUUUCAAACCGAAGAUUUAGAGCGGUUCUACAAGGCAGGACCAGAGCAUUAUGUCAGUCAUCUUAUUGGCCACGAGGGUGUUGGCAGCAUUCUGUCUGAACUGAAGGCUAAGGGUUGGUGCAACAAUCUGGUAGGAGGCUACAGUACUAUUGGUCGAGGGUUUGGCUUUUUCGAAGUCAUGGUUGACCUUACUCAGGAUGGGUUUGAACACAUUGACGACAUUGUAAAAAUUAUAUUCCAAUACAUCAACAUGCUGAAAAAAGAAGGCCCUCAGAAGUGGAUCUUUGAGGAAUAUUGCAAUCUAUGCGAGAUGCAGUUUCGAUUCAAGGAUAAGGAGAAUCCUCUAUCGUUGGUGUCUAAUGUGGUACACUCGAUGCAAAGUUAUCCGCUGGAGGAGGUCCUAGCCGCUCCGUAUCUGAUCUCCGAGUGGAAACCGGAACUGAUAGUAGAUCUGUGGAAUAAGUUUUAUCCGCAAAAUGCAAGGAUUACCAUAGUGGGACAAAAGUGCGAGGAGAAUGCCAAACAGGAAGAGGAGUGGUACGGUACCAAGUACACAAGUGAGAAGUUAUCCGAGAGUGUGAUGGAGAGCUGGUCUAAACCGGACCUCAACGAGAACCUCCAUCUGCCGGAGCGCAACCCGUUCAUUCCGACCAAUUUCGAUUUGGUACCGGUAGACGCCGACAUUCAGAGUAUCCCUGUAAUAAUUCACAACACGCCGAUAAUUCGUGUGUGGUUCAAGCAAGAUGUAGAAUUUCUCAAGCCUAAGACGUUGAUGAAUUUGGACUUUUGUAGUCCAAUCGUGUAUUCGGAUCCGCUGAACUGUAACCUAACACACAUGUUUGUACAGUUAUUCAAAGAUCACCUGAACGAGUAUAUGUAUGCGGCGGAUUUGGCUGGCCUGCGCUUGAUGGUAGCUAAUACAACCUAUGGGAUAAGUGUGUCAAUUGGAGGCUAUAACCAUAAGCAGCACAUUUUACUGGAUAAGGUUCUAAAUGACUUAUACAGUUUCAAAAUAGACGAGAAGAGAUUUGAAAUUCUGAAGGAGCAAUAUGUACGCAAUUUGAAGAACUACAAUGCUGAACAACCGUAUCAGCAUGCUGUCUAUUAUCUGGCGCUCUUAUUGAGCGAACAAGCAUGGUCUAAGCAGGAAUUAAUCGAUGCUACAGAAUUGCUCACAGUGGAUAAGCUCCGAUCGUUUAUUGACGAACUGCUUUCACGAAUGCACGUUGAAUGUUUCAUUCACGGGAAUAUUAAUAAGGAAAAAGCUCUGGAAAUUUCCAAAAAAGUAGAAGACAAAUUAAAAAACACAGACGCUAGUGUAUUACCGCUGCUGUCUCGACAGUUGAUGUUAAAACGGGAAUACAAGCUUAAUACUGAUGAACAUUGCUUAUUUGAAACCAACAAUGACUACCACAAGAGCUCCUGUGCCGAGCUUUAUCUCCAAUGUGGCAUGCAGGACGACCAGUCGAAUGUGUAUGUCGAUUUAGUGACACAGAUUCUAAGCGAACCGUGUUACAACCAGCUGCGCACAAAAGAGCAACUGGGUUACAUUGUAUUUUGUGGCGCUCGAAAAUCGAACGGAGUACAAGGCAUUCGGGUGAUUGUACAAUCGGCUAAACAUCCAGCCUUAGUCGAGGAAAGGAUAGAGAAUUUCCUAAAUGGAAUGAUAGAUCACCUGGAAACCAUGUCCGAAGAAGAGUUUAAGCGACAUAAAGAAGCUUUGGCAGCACAGAAACUCGAAAAGCCGAAGAGGUUGGCGACUCAAUUUACCAAAUUUUUGAACGAAAUCUGCCUCCAGCAGUACCACUUCAAUCGAGCGCAGGUGGAGGUUGCGUUCCUGCAGACCCUGACGAAGCAGCAGAUAAUCGAAUAUUACAAGGAAUUCAUCAUUAUGGGUGCGCCAUCAAGACGAUCGCUCUCAAUCCAUGUGGUUUCAACUGCUGAAGGCGGUGCCGGUCACAAGGAUGCCCCGGCAGAGGAAACUGAACGCAGUACAAAUGACACUGCGACUGCAAAGGACUAUGUUAAAGUGUGUGACCUGGCCGGUUUCAAAUCGACUCGAGCACUCUAUCCGAUGGUGCAGCCGUACAUCGACAUCAAACCGAAGGGCAGUAAGUGCAAGCUGUAGGUUUGUUACGUGAACAGCUUUUUCAAUACCUGUCGGUAUUCGACUAGGUCUUGGGCUCUUGUAGAUAUUUUGUUGAAUAUUUUUAAUGUUUGCGGUUUGCGUAGCAAUCCUCAUAUCGAUGAACGAUUGUGUCCUAAAAAAUUAUCAGUAGGUUCUUAUUUAUCAAAAAAUAGUAAAUUCGCUGUGUACAGUGUCAGUGUCUAAAACAAACAAACAAAAAAUUCAAUAUCUAAUUGAAUGUCUGGCAUUCAAAAGAGGAUAACGUCCAUUUUUUUCUAAGCCGACUUUUUUGAAUUUUUAAUUACUCAAAGUAAACCAUGUGUAGUGUCAUUUGAGAUAUUUGACAAUUUCCUUCUAGUCACUAGGUGACGUGACGUAAACCAGGCUUGAUAUUCCGCGAAUGUCAGUUUUCUGUGACGUCAGAGAAAUGGUUGAAAUAAACGGUUUAACCGAAAGUUGUAAUUUGGCAGUUCCUAUGCUGGGAAACAAUAAUGUCCAUCGAAUUAUUCACAAUGUCAUAAUUUGUGCACCUAAGCACACUUCCCAAAUGACCAUCGAACACCAUGUUCGCUCUAGUUCUGUGCUCAUCUCAAACCCACAUUUCGUGUGCAAACUCGAACGCGCUAAUGCGUACCAAAACACGUACACAUGUUCGUCUGCACAACCGAACCCCAUGUACGUACGCGGUGUUCGUGCACACAGGUUCUUGACACUAGAUUUCUCUUUUUAUCACUCAUCAUCACUAGUGUUGACUCAUUCUGUUUUGCAUGUGCCUUUCUUGUGUACGCACAUGGUGUACGUACACGGUGUUUAAACCUAGGUUUGCACAUCGUUCGCUUGGGUUCGGUGUUCGAGGCGAACCUGUACACAAAGGCAAAGUAAGUUUGAGGUUGAACGCGUGCACGAAAUUUUGUACACAGAUGCAAACUUAUCGUUCAUGGGAACACUGCACCUAAGUGAUUAUCAAGAAAAAUGGAAAAUUUGACUUAUACCAUGGAAAACAUCUCUCACAAUAAUUUUCUUUUCCCAACAAAGGUUUUGGCCUUCAGCAUAGCUUUCUUAUGAUCUAUCAGAUGCCGAUCUAGCAUUAACAGCAUAACGAAUAUUAAUUUAAUCUAUUUGUUUUUGCUAACGAUUUCGAUGAUGCCCGCUAUUUACACUCUAUUGAGCUAGCCUAGUUUAUGUAAGCCUUGUGUGAGAAUAGGUUUUUUUUCGUUGGCCAUGGGGGGAUAACCCCGUUUCAUAUAAAAGCCAGUCAUUCAAAUGGUGUUAGAAAAUAUUUUCUACUGUUGGAGGUGCAAAGUUGGACUAGGUUCACCAAUCACAUUAGCCAAUAAGAGCUUCGAAAUAACCUUGUACUUAGUAAUUCAUUGUUUUCAAACACUACAAUUCACACAUAAAGAUCCAAUAUCUCAACGAGACUAUUGCUGUUCAAUCAAGCUGCACACUUCUCACAGAUAAAUGACCACUUCAACGAGUAUUUUAUCCUGCUUCAAGUAGGAAUUGGUCAAGAGUGCCCUGUACGGAAUCUUGAAGCCUGUGUUCGUAUUCCAAAAGUCGUGGGAGUUUAGAUCGCUGAACGGUACACCCUGGAAUAAUAAACGUUAAUAUUUUA